AUGCUGGAAUUAAUUAUUAGUGACCCAAAAUAUAUUAAGCCAAUUAAAACGGAUCUAGAGAAACAUGGCUUAUUUGCCAAGCCCAUCUAUCGAGAUCCUACAUUGCCCAAUAAAUCAGUUAUUAGAACCACGAUUCACGAUUCCGUGGACGAUGCUAAUUUCCAAAUAAUUUCUCAAUACUCUUCAAAUUUCGAAAUUCGUGAUUAUUAUUUAAAUGACAACUCAACUGACGUUUCAAAAUCACCUAUAAUCAAUUUUACUGAAAAUUUUCUUUCUACAGAAAAUUAUAAGAAUCUUUUAACCAGAAAUGGGUUAAGUAUUACCAAGCUUAUAGAGCAAUUACCCAUCAGAUAUACGAUUUACCCACCACUUUUACUAUUCAAUAAUUCUCAUCAGAAAUCAUUCUUGUUUGAUGAUUGGCAAUUAUUAUUUAAACAAAAGAUAGAAAAUGUUACAAAUAAUACUACUGUUCAAGAUGAAUAUUUCCAAGAAUUGUUAAGAAUUUUAUUUCCUCAAUUGACUCAUGUAGCCAUUAAUAAGCCAAUUAUCGAAUCAGAUGUCAUGAGACGACCAUUCAAUAUUCAACCAUUAUAUGGAGAAUUAAUCUCUAAAGAUUUGCAAUUGCUUGACAACGAUCAAUUAUGGGACCAUCCAACAAGUCAUGAUUUCGAAAACACAUUAUGGUGUCAUACAAUUCAAAAUGGGAUUCAUCAAUAUUGGGCUCCUAUUUUCACCAUGUUUAGUCGAGGCAAUAUAAAGGAGAAGAAAAGAAUCUUAGAUAGCUAUCCGGAAAUUGAAGGCAAUGACGUGGUUGAUUUGUACAGUGGGAUCGGGUAUUUCACUCUCAGUUAUUUACAAAGGAAAGCAAGAAAUGUAUUUUGUUUUGAAUUAAACCCUUGGAGUGUGGAAGGAUUGAAGAGGGGAGCAAUCAGAAAUAAGUUCCCAUGGGUUUCAACAAGACAAUUACAGGCAUUGAACACUCAAACUUGUUAUAUCUAUAAUAUGAAUAAUGAGGCAAGUAUUGAAAUCAUCCGUGAAUUGUUUCCCACAAAUAAAAGACAAGAAUUGAAAUUGAGACAUAUCAACUUGGGUCUUUUGCCUUCAAGCAAACAAGGUUGGAAAUUGGCCAUUGAAUUGUUCAACUGGCAGCAAGGCUGCCGGACUACUACUCUACACAUUCAUGAAAAUGUUUCAACCGCAGCUCUACAAGAUGGGACAUUUGUCGAAGGCACAAUCGAUCAAUUAAGAUCGAUCGAUACUAAUCACGAAUAUACUCCUGUCCAUGUUGAGAAGAUCAAGACAUUUGCUCCGGACGUCUGGCAUGUCUGUUUCGACGUAAAUGUCACCAAAUAG